AUGUUUACCCGACCAUUACUUCGAAGGGCUCUAUUAUUGCGUAACUUAAAACACGCAUCUGAAAAUGUAUCCCAAGUUAGGAAUGCUGGCCAUGGGACAUGGACUUAUAGAGCACCACCACCAUUGGCUUCAAAAAGAGAAACCAUGCUGGCUGAAGUUCUAGGUGGACUUUGUUGGUAUUGGAUUCUCUACCAUCUUGCAACAGAACCAGAACACAUUUAUGGUGAAUGGACUUAUGUUGAUCCCAGUACCUGGACUAACGAGGAGCUUGGCAUCCCUGAUGACUCUGCAGGAGCAUUGAAGAAGUAA